AUGAUACUUUCGUAAUUUUGUUUAAUAGAUAUGUCCAUCGCAGCCGCGAUUCCAAAACGCUAAACACACACGUCGACAAAAGAACCUGGAAACACAAAACAGAGACGUUUGAGUGAAGCAAAGUGUCGGAGAGAAGAAAGCAAAGAACAAACGUUACUGUCUCAGAUCGAGAAACAGUUGAGCGAGAGAUUAAGCAAAUUUGAGUUAUUUUAGAGAAAAUGGGAUCUUCUUCUGGGCAAAGUGGAUACGAUCUGUCUUUUAAGAUCUUGUUGAUUGGAGAUUCUGGUGUUGGUAAAAGCAGUUUGCUUGUGAGCUUCAUUUCCAGCUCUGUUGAAGAUCUUGCUCCUACUAUUGGUGUUGAUUUCAAGAUCAAACAAUUGACAGUAGGAGGCAAAAGACUAAAACUCACAAUCUGGGACACAGCUGGACAGGAACGGUUUAGAACACUGACGAGCUCUUACUAUAGAGGCGCCCAAGGAAUCAUUCUUGUUUAUGAUGUGACGAGAAGGGAGACAUUUACAAACUUAGUAGAUGUGUGGGGUAAGGAGAUUGAGCUUUAUUCCACAAACCACGAAUGUGUAAGGAUGCUCGUUGGGAACAAAGUCGAUAGAGAAUCUGAGAGAGGAGUUAGCAGAGAAGAAGGGAUUGCUCUAGCAAAAGAACUCAACUGCAUGUUUCUUGAGUGUAGUGCUAGAACUCGACAAAACGUGGAACAGUGUUUCGAAGAGUUGGCUUUGAAGAUAAUGGAGGUACCUAGUCUCUUGGAAGAAGGAUCAAGUGCUGUGAAGAGAAACAUCUUGAAGCAGAAACCAGAACACCAGACUAAUACUCAAUCCGGCUGUUGCAGCUAGUGACCCGGGUCGAUGUUGCAUAUAAAAAACUCGAAUCUUUCUUUUGUGUAUUGCAAACUGAACCUGAUUCUUCUCUCUGCAGUUGCCUCUUUUGUGUGUAGAACAUAAUGUAGCUUCGAUGUAAAUUUGUGGGAUUUUACUUGUAUUCUUCUUUUGCUUCUGAAAUGAGAUUUGUGAUAAUAACAUCAUAAUAUAAUAAACCCCAUCCAGUGUU